ACAUACAUACAUACACGGAAAGAUAAGAGUAUAGAGGUGUUCUUUCCCGAUCAAGAUAUCAAGUUUUAAUCACUUAUCAUGUUAUUUAGCUUAAAUUAAGGUUUUAUUCAUACUAUUAUUAAGGUUGCCUUAUUUUCUUACAGGCCAGUAGCACAUUUUAGAAUGGGAUUAAGUUUAUGUUAUAUAUAAUUCAGUAAUGACUUACAAAAUGCAUAGAGACACAGAUAAUAUCUUCUAGUUACAUUGCAGUACAAUUAGAUAAUGACCAAGCAUAUCUGUUGAAUCACAAUAUGGUAAUCUGAGCACACUAUAAGAUCUUUCUGUAAAACACAUAAUAUGUAAAAAAAAAAAACAAAUUACACAAAACACAAACUACAGAAUGAUGCAGAACAAUAUAGAAAAACAAAAUCAAUACCACCCCAUCCGCUACAAGUCUGAAAAUUCAACACAGCCAAGCACACAAGCGUAUUUAAGGGGUUCAUGUUACUGCAUGACAGUUGGCAUGACUGUAAAAAAAAGGCAUGUGCCAAGUGGAGCUGCCAAUGCUCAGCAUGGCUGGUUUUAAUAUUUUAAUGUGUUUCAUUACAACAGUAUGGGCCAGAUAGCCUUUCUGACGUCCAGACAAUUGUCUGCAAAUGAACAAGAUUACAUGACAAGCCCUGAAUGACAGAGCUACCCACUGCUGCCUACCCUAGCCACUUAUCUGAUGGUAGCCUAGCAACAGAUCCCUGACCUGGCUUUGACCUCCACCCGAUAAGGUCAACACCUGAAGGCUCUCCCAUUGGAGGGCUGGCUGAGAGAGAGGUGGAGCUUGGGGAUGUAGGGAGACAAAGGACUCACAGAGCAAGGGCAGCCUCCUCUGCAUACAGUUCCCUGCUCCCUGCUGACAAAAAAAUGUUGUUGCCAGACCUCUUUGCUAGGGUUCGUUAUACCUGUGUGUGUGUGUGUGUGUGUGUGCGAGUGUGUGUGUGUGUGUCAGAGGCAAGCCAAUCAUAAAAGACUGGUCAAAAAAAAUACGAAAGCAUUUGCUCAUACAAUAUCCCCCUUAGCCAAUUCAGACAGCAGUGCCUUAUCUUACACAGGGUCAAAAAUGUUUUUCCCCCCCACAACCCAGCAUCAAUGAGAGGAAAAACAGCAGCUCUAACUGUUCAUAAUGAAAACUAUUGUGGUGACAAAUAGAAGAGACACAUUAUGAAAGAGGUGCUGAAUGUGAAAUUAAUCGACCAGAGCAGCCCACCCUGAUAGACAUCCCCACUUCCUUCUCUAUCAUUUAUUUGUAUGCACACACAGUGAUAUGGAAGUUAAUCCAAAUUAUGAUAGUGGCAAUAUCCUAUUAGACCAUGGCAAUAAAAUCAAGCUGAGACUGGUAACACAUUACAGAUAUCAGAACAUGUGCAGCACGCUCCAUUACAAUAUGAAGUGACAUUAAUCAGUCGGGGUCCUCUUACACACACAUAGAGGCAUAAAACAAACAUGCAAAUCAUACACACAGACAUGCACAAAAGAACAUGCAUUUGGGUGCUGAAGUGCUCUUUUCAGUUGAUAUUAUUUUAAGCUGUAAAAAAGAAUUUAUCACUGGCCUUUUGCAAAAUAAAUUCAGACAUAUUGUAAAGAGAAAAAAAAAGAUAGUCAAGUAGCCCAGGGCAGAGAGGUGGAUAAAUGAAUAGCUGUUCAUAACACUUUUGUAAUUGUUUUUGCUCACCCAGCUUCUGGAAUAAAAAAGUGAUUUAGAGGCAGGUGGCAGACGGUGUUACUGUCCUAGUGCUUUGUGACUUUCUGGGGGAAGAAAUGUACUGUAAACUGCUUGAAUUGAUAAAAGAGCACAUUGUUUUAAGAACUGUAUUUGCUGGGAGGGGUGGGGGGGGGUUGUUGAUCAGCUCACUCAGUUUUGCAUUACACAGGGCAGAGUUUUACAUCUCUCCCUUUCUGAUGGGCAUAUUCACCAAGCUUGUGGCACUGCAGGGAUGAUUAUUCAGCCUGUCAGGUUUGGCACUGCAAGCUAAAAUAACUCUUGUGCCUGAGUCGAAAGACCUUCACUUUCCUCCAGGGCCUUUUGCAAGACCUCUGCCCCAGUUCACCCAGGGCAACCUAGGCUCCUCCUCUGUGUAUACGCAAAUGUGUGCAUGUGUGUGUUUGUACUGUCUCCUUACUGUGGGGAAACUGUUGAAGGUCAAAGGGCAGGAAGUUGGCCACCUGCCUCUGUCACACUAGUAAAAGUAGAAGAGCAGAGAGAGGAAGCGGUAGCAGGAAAGAGAGAAAGUAUGAGUAAACGCAGUAUGUGUGCGUGCUUUUCUUUGACAGUUAGAUUUACAAGAGGGUCACAGAAAUCCUUAAAAAAGUCACAUCCUCUUAUAUCUCUCACACUUUCUGAUGGUUUUUUCUCAGUUUGUAUUUUGUUGACCUUUGUUAAACUUAGUUUAUCUGUUAUGCAGAGUUUAUGCUUCAUUAAAGGAAGCAACUGAUAUAGGCUUUUGUGCUCUCCAGGACCAACGCUGAAUAACCUGGUACAGGGAUCUCUCCAUUGGUAUUUGCUAGAGGCGACAAGCCUUCUCGCUCCCUGCAUAAAUGUGCCAACCGAGGACGAGAGCAUAGAAGGCCAGAGGGCAAAAAGGGAGUGAACCACCUGCUUCUGUCACACUGUCAGGAUGAAGGCGGAUGAGUGCAAAUAGGGUGAAGUGUGUGUGUGUAUGUGUAGGGGUUGGGUUGGGGAUAUUGUGUAGGAGGGGGACAGGUGGUACGCCGGACAGCACUGGCACAAGCCUCCCCAGGAUUUAUCACUCAGCGACAGUCACGGCUGGGCAGGGGACAGAUGUUUCUGUUUACCCCAGGGCAACAUCUGACUGGCCGAGCCUAACGUUAGCCCAACCAGUCUAGCCCGCACAGGACAGAGCCUGGGAGGAUAGAGAGAGAGAGAGAGAGAGAGCGAGAGAGUGAGAGAGAGAGAGAGAGGGAGAAAAAGAGACAGAGGAAAGGAGAAGGAACUGGAGGAUGUUCAGUUUGCCCCCAAGCCACAUAAGCAAGUUAGCUCAUUUCUCUCUGGUUUGCUCCAUCCUCCACUGAAGCACCUGAAACUCAUUUAGCCCCUGCUAACUGUUGUGCCACUAUAGGGAACCAUUUUAAUAAGUAGUAAUAAUGCCGACUCACAAUAAGAGCUACUGUCAAAGCGGAGAAUCUGUGCCAGUUAUUGGGAAGUGAAACAAAACAAUCCUAAUUGACCUUGUGUAUAUUCUACAUUAGAAAAGUAUUCACAAAUGCACAACGCUUAUUGUGGUGUUAUUUAAGGGCCAUUCAGUAAAAGCCUUUUCCCAUUAGUGUAUGUGUGUUACAGCAGGGAAAUCUGAGAGCUGUCACCGGUAAUAUAGCUGGCGCACACAUCCCCGGAGCAAUGAGGAAUGACCUUUAGGUUCAACCCUGAGUGAGGUCAUGUCAGUGUUGCCAUGGCUACUAUCUAGCAGACUGUACCGUUGCCAGCAUUACCUCAGCUGCCUGGCAUUGUCGGGGUCAGAGAACAGGCUGUGACCUCCCCAUGGUGACCAAACUCAACUGGGAACAAAAACACCACCAAGACAAACACAACUAGUCUAGCUUAUUUGCUAUUAAUGAGCAUGUUUAUGGCACUGAUGAUGCAGAAGUUAUGAUUUCUAUGUUGAUUUAUGACUUGAAUAAGUUAGCCCUGGUAAAUUGAGUUUGAUAUCACAAAGAGUUUGCUAUCAUUAAUUGCCAGUAAUGUGGUGUAAUAAGCUAAGGAUGGAGACACACACAAUAACGCUGAGCACUGAUUAAGUCAUGCAGCAUGAGGAAGCUUAAAAAACAAUUUCAUCUGCCAAAGGAUUGUUCACUCAAAAUUUGUAAUCACAAACAUCACUCUCGCAAAUCUAGAAACCCACAGAACAGAGACACUUAUCUGUGAUUUCAUCAAGAUGUCAGAGCUGAUGCAUUAGACUGACUCAGUGGAAUCAUGGAAAUAAUUGUUAAUACAUAUACAUCGUACUACAUUUAGACAUGGUAGCUGAUGCGAACCAGAAAAUGCACUUACACACACAAAAUCACUUGUAUGAUCUUUAAGUCCCCUUUUCCAUCUUUUACAACUCAUUCUCAGUUUGUCUGUACUCUGGUUUAACCUCACAAGCAUAUAUAUUUAUAUAUAUGUACAACAAACUCUCUAAUAACUCUUUGUCAGAGUUGAAUGUUAUACAAACAGAAGUAUAGCAUAUCCCGGGGUAUAUGUACUGUAAGUGGAUAUCUUGAAAUUGAGUACUUUUUCCCUGAGGUAGUUAAAGAAAUCAUGUAGAGGUCUUGCCAUAUGCAUAUUUUGUACUGUCCACAAAAAUACAAUGUGCAAGAUACAAAUAAACCAAAAAUAAUCUGACCUUUUUCUUGUAGCUGCUCACCACUCUCUGGUCAGAGCACCUGCGCGUAGACUGUCCACCUGCAGGUGCAGGUGAGACACACAGCUGUCUACACACAGAGACACACUCACACAAGCCUAUUAAAAUUGUAAUGUAAACCAUUGUAUUAUUCAGUAUCACAACCCAACAUUAUCCUCUCCACAAAUGAAAAACCUAAUAGGAUGUCUUAAUCACUUCGUGCAGGAGAUGCAAUAAUAUAUAACUCUUUUCUAUUUGUGGAGCAUGUUUGUCCACUCUCCUCCUGAUAGGCCCCAUUUAAUCAUGUUGUUCUGUUUCCUAAUUAGCAGAAAUGCAAAGUGUCUUUGUCACCUGUGGACAGCCAAGAGGGCUAAUUUGGGCUUUUCACUAAUUGCCACGGUAACGAGCCUCCUGCGCCUCCGCUGGGGGUGGGUGGAAGGCAUGGCAGGAGGAGGACUGGAGGAUGGAAGGAUGGAGGGAUGAAGACACAGCUCUCCUCACACACGGCCGAGGUGUGAAAGAACGCGGCAGGCCAACAGAACGCAGCCUGGAGGAGUCCAACAGCAGGGAGUGGGGGACAGCCUGCGCUGUGAAAAAGCCCCAACACCCAGCUGAGAGGGAGGAGGAUUCAGCUCUGGCCAGUUUUGGACUCUAAACUUUGAUGAGGAGAUGACUACAUUGGGUUGGAUAAUUAUUGGACAUUUUUCUGACACUGACACCAGUUAUUGCCCCCAUCUGAUUUAAUACUGGUUCCCACUUCCCACACGAUGUACCUUGUAACUGUUCUUUUAAUAGACAAAUUCUAGGUAUAACUCAGCAGGCAGUUUUUAAAUUAGCAGCCUGACAUGUAUGAAGCCUGCAUGUGAGAAAAGGGGGUAGGAGGAGGUGAUUACAAAAAUAAACCAAAUUAUGUGAUGAUGAUAAUUAGGGUUAUUUUUUUUAAAGAAGUAGUUAAUCUAUAAGUCAAAGUUGCAGAUUUUAGUUUUAGUAAAAUGCAACUUUUAUAUAGUUUAAAAAUCAUUAUAAGUGUGUAGCCUAGUAAAGGCUUUGCUUGUUAAAAAGUGUGCAUAUGUGUAUAAUAAGCCAAAAAAUGUCUACAUCUUUGUAUAAGAACACCUUGGGUGCACUUAAAUAGUAAUAAUAUACUAAAUAGUCCAAAGUACUUCUUCUGUAGUAUUACAUUUAAUCUCAGUACAUAGCAGCAUAGGUUUAUUGUAUAAAUACUUCCACUCCUCCAGUCAGUAAUAGCCUAAUAAUAUUCAUUUUAAGCAUCAAAAUUUUACCAUGCUGCUGUAGGGGUGCUAAUUUCUAAUUAUCAUAAAGAUUAGUGGUAUUACUGGUCGCUAAUUAACGCUAAAUUCAUGUUAAAAACAUGUCACUGUUUUAUGUAUUUUGACGGCGGUCAUUAUUAAGAUGUACAUUCAUACAUUUUACAUUUGCAUUUGUUAUUAUCGUUACCUUUAAUAUUAUUAUCAUGAGAAAAAAAUUAAACAGAUUCCGUGAAUGUAAUUUGACUCCAUCAAUAUGGUGUCUCUGCUGAAUUAUGCCUCUUCGCUUUUUUUUUUUUUUUUUCUAAUACAUUUUCUUUUCAAGCAAUACACCCUGAAAGCUUGGGGGCACCUUGUCCGUACGCUGCUCUCGGGGGCGAGCUCCUCGAGUGUGUGCGUGCGCGCAAAAGAGCGUGUUUGAGUGUGUGAGAGCGUGUGAAUGUGUGUGAGUGACUGCGUGUGUGUGUGUGUUGUGUGUGUGUGAGUGUGAGUGUGCGUGCGUGCGUGUGUGCGCGCGUGUGUCUGCUCUGCUGUUGCUGCCCUUUGAUCCCUGCAUUAGUGUUAGUUAGGGGCUCGGAGACACACUUGCACCGAGAGCAGCCAUAGUCAAGACACGGCAACAACAACAGCGGCACCUCCUCCGCCUGUGUUCCCAUUCCCCAACAAUACACUUUAAACCGAGCAAAGCCAGGUGCACGACCAAGUCCCUGCCAUCACUGGCGCCUCCAGUCUCAAUGGGAAAAACCUUUUUUCUUCUUAUCCCUAAACAAGGACGAGAAUGUGAUUAAAAACGGGGGAAAAUGCCAAGGAGGAAGCAGGAGCAACCCAAGCGCCUGCCUUCACAUUUGGACAGCAACGAGGAAGGAGGGCCUGACGGCGGUCCUGUGGAGGAGGAAGGCUGGUUUGGGAAUGCUUCUGACACACGCUCAGAGUCGUCGUCCUACGGAGACACCCAGGAUGAGCUCCUCCUGCCAAGGGGCUCCUCUCCCGAUGAACGGCCUGGAGUCAGCGCUGGGUCCGGGGACCACGAUACCUGCGGAGGUGAGAGCUCACUGGGUUGCCCCACACCCGUCCGUCGUGCCUCUUUGGAACUUCUUGGACUGGAUGGAGGUGCAUUCUCGGCCCAGGACACACUCUCCUCUGUGGUAUCAUCACUAUAUGGCGAGGCAGCAUCUCGUGCCCUUGGAAAACCCCUCAGCAGCAACCUACGGCGCCUCCUAGAGGCUGGGUCGCUGAAACUUGACACAGGGGAGCUCCUGGGUCGGUCAUCCAGGGGAGGUGCAGGUGGGGAAUCCCCUCCAAUAGGUCUAGCCCCACCCUUGACCCUGUCCCCGUCUUCCCACCAUGCCCAGCAGUUAAGUGCUCUUGCCCGUAAACUGGCCAAUAACAACAACAACAGCGGCUCAGCCUCACCAGCCUCCUUGGCCCCCUCAGUCACUAACAUUAAGCAAGAGCCCCUUGACCCCUUUAACUCUGUCACCCCUAGCAAUGGAAGUGGCUUUGUAUGGGCAGGUGUUGCAGAUAAGUGGCCGCCAGCCAGCUGCUCCACGCCCUGCGGCUCCAGCCUGUCCCCGGACUCUGCAAUCCAGAAGUUAAAAGCAGCAGCGAAUGCUGUACUUCAAGACAAGAAUGCCGUGGCCUCCUCCUCAACAACUUCUUCUUCCUCCUCCUCCACCUCUGCUUCAUCUGCAGUGCCCACCCUUGGAGGGGGUGGUCGAGGAGAUGAUGUGGUGCGCUUUGAUGCCUUCAACUCUCCGUUUAGCCCGCAGUCAGCCAGCUCCACCCUAGCUGCACUUUCCAAGAAAGUCAGUGAGCGGAGCCAAGCCUCGUCAACGGCCAGUGCUGCCACUGACCACCAAGCCUCAGCAAGUUCCUUUCUCUCACUUGUGUCAAUGACCUCCUCUGCUGCCUUGCUCAAAGAGGUGGCAGCCAGAGCAGCAGGAAACAUGCUCGCAGAGAAGAAAGAGGGGUCCCCAUUGGUGACUGCUGGGGUCCUCCAAGAGGAUGUGAAACCCCUGCUGGACAAGAACCAGAAGGCACCCACGCCAUCUACACCCACCCAGAGCCUAGAGUUGUUGUUGCCCUCUACUCCAAAAAGCAGAGGCAAACCCAACAGCCAAGCAGGCUCUCCUGAGGAUGGUGGCAAACCAUUCCAGUGUCCUGUGUGUGGACUGGUCAUCAAACGCAAGAGCUACUGGAAGAGACACAUGGUCAUCCACACAGGCUUGAAAAGCCACCAGUGUCCCCUGUGUCCCUUCCGCUGUGCUCGCAAAGACAAUCUUAAGUCCCACAUGAAGGUACAUCAGCACCAGGACCGGGGUGAGACAUUUCAGUGCGAACUUUGCCCCUUCACCUCCUCCCGUCACUUCAGCCUGAAGCUUCACAUGCGCUGCCACCAGCACUUCCCCCGCACAGACGUCAAGGUGAAAGAGGAGCUCACUACCGACACGGAGGGCGAGGGCUCCGUGAUGGGUGACAGCGGCUCCGCAGACCUGAGAGGGACGGAGGUGUCCCCGCUGCACUCAGACACUCAGCAGCAGACGUCCCCUCCAGUCGAGGCUUCCUCCAAUCAUGUCCACAUCAAGGAGGAGCCACAGGAGAGAGACCUGUCUGUGCUCUCCCCCUUUAGCAUCUGCAGGGAACGUCCCAGCAGCAGCGCCAACUCUCUGGACCUGCCUGGAGUUGGCGUAGGAGUCGGGGUCCGGUCCAGUCCUAGUGGUCCAACCACAGCCUCCCUCUUCAGCCCUGACAUCACUACCAAGACGGCCACUGACCUGCUUAUGAAGCUAUCAGCGGCCAACCAGAGGGAGACGUUGAAAUCUCCAUUCCACUUAAAGGAAGAGCCCAAAGUGGAGGAAGCAUUGAGCCCCAGACCAGCCUCCCAGUCUCAGAGCCAGGCCCAGCCCAGCUUCCCUGUGACAUUCUGCCAGGACGGGCCAACGGGGGCUACAGCAGCCGCAGAGCGCCCAGGGCCACUGAAACCAAGGGAAGGAAGCCCCACGGCUAAGAACAGCUUGCUGAGCCAGGAUAUCAAUGUUAAGGUGGCCUCUGAGCUGCUGAUGAAGCUUUCAGAGAGCAACAAAGAUGCCCAGUACCAGAAGGUGAAAGUAAAGGUGGAGCCCAUGGAGGUGGACCCACCGCCCGCAGAACUCACCCCACCUGCCUCUCACCUGCUGGCUUUCAGCACUUUAGGGGCGAGUGAGAAGAGCGAGCCAAUGACGAACCUCCCCGAGACGUUGACCCGCCCCCAGAAAGACCUCUUCUCCCAGGACAUAUCGGUCAAAAUGGCCUCCGAACUACUGUUCAAACUGUCAGAAAAAGUCAGCAAAGCCAACAACCACAAAGACAGUAACAUGGUGGGAAUAAACAGUCCGUUCCUGGACGAGUGCUUCAGACAAUCACCCUUUAACUCGCGCUCCAAGAGCUCUUCCCCCGCAGAGGCCAGCUCCUCUACCAGGGCAGCAUUCCAUGACUCAGAAAAAGAUGACGGGGAGCCGGGGAACGGGAUUGCCCAGUGGAGACUAAAUGAACAGCUUUUCCCCUGUCCCGUCUGUGGCAAAGUGUUUGGUAGACAGCAGACACUUUCUAGACAUCUGUCUCUACACACAGAAGAGAGGAAGUACAAGUGUCACCUGUGUCCUUACGCAGCCAAGUGCAGGGCUAACCUCAAUCAGCACCUGACCAUCCACUCUGUCAAGCUGGUCAACACAGACGCCGACCAGAUCGUCAGCGCUGUUAUAGCCGACUCAGCCGAGCGCAAGAACUGCCCCUACUACUACAGCUGCCAUGUGUGUGGUUUCCAGACGGAGCUGAACGCCCAGUUUGUCGGCCACAUGUCGCUCCAUGUGGACAAGGAGCAGUGGAUGUUCUCACUCUGCUGCAGCGUCUGUGACUACGUCUGCAUGGAGGAAAACGACAUGAAGAACCACAUUAGUACUGGACACGCAGGUCUGAACUCAAGGAGUCCCCUCAGCGAGACCAAGAGCACCUCCUCGUCGCUCUCGGCCCUCAGCGAUUCACUCAACAGCUCUGAGGGCGGAGACCUCACCCACGGUAACGAAGAACUCAAGAGCCUGCUAGCCCCGCCCUCCUCUGCAGGCAGCCAGUCCAGCUCCGGAAGCCACUCGGGAUCAGGAACUGAGGACAAGUCUGAUAAAGGCUUUGAGUGUGUCUUCUGCAAUUUCGUGUGCAAGACGCGUAGCAUGUAUGAGCGGCACCUCCAGAUCCACCUCAUCACACGGAUGUUUGAGUGCGACGUCUGCCACAAGUUCCUCAAGACGCCCGAGCAGCUGCUGGAGCACAAGAAGUGCCACACCGUCCCCUCCGGAGGGCUCAAGUGCCCUUUCUGCAUCUACUCCACCAAUCGUCCAGCGGCCAUGGAGUGCCACCUUAAGACGCACUGUAAGAUGGAGUACCGCUGCCGCAUCUGCCAGGGACUGUGGCCCGACCAGGCCUCAUUGGAGGCCCACAUGCGCGGGCACCGCCUGGGCAACCACUACAAGUGUGAGCAGUGUGGCUACUUGUCCAAGACGGCCAAUAAGCUGAUCGAGCAUGUGCGUGUGCACACGGGCGAGCGGCCCUUCCAUUGCGACCGCUGCUCUUAUAGCUGCAAGCGCAAGGACAACCUCAACCUGCACAAGAAGCUGAAGCAUGCGCCGCGCCAGACUUUCGGCUGCCAAGAGUGCCCUUUCACCACCACACACCCCUUUGUCUUCAGCCGCCACCUCAAGAAACACCAGAGUGGAGGAGCGGGGGGACUGGACGGAGGUGGAGGAGGAGAAGAGGAGGAGGAAGAUGAGGAGGCAGGAGAGGAGGAGCUGCAACUUGAGGGAACAUCACCGGGGGGCUCGUCAGCACGGAGGAGCCAAGAGAACUUCCUCUUCAGCGGAGGAGGAGGAGGGAGCAGCGGAGGGAGCGGGAGCAACAGCCCCCUCAUGAGUCUAACAGCAUCGCAGGCGCUGCAGUCCGUCGCUCUGUCACUCAAACUGGGCAAGUCCCAGCAGCUGGACGCCACCAGCCCUCUGCACCGCUUGGUUAGCGCCAACGGCAACGACAUCACCAGAAACCCCGGCGGUGUGAGCAGCGGCAGCCCCUCCCUCUUCCUCCCCUCCUCCCGCCACGUCUUCGAGCAGUACAGGAACUGCGACCGGGCGCACCUGAUUCCCCUCACCACCCUGUUCACCCACAACAGCCGCUUCACAUUCCACUCGCACCUCCACUCCAGAUGGCGGCCCGCCACAUCUCCUCUCCUCUUCUCCUCCAACCCGGUGUCCCCCUCCCUCUCUCCUCCCUCACCCGCCUCCCACAAACACUCCUUCCUGGCCUACCUGGGACUGAUGGAGAGGGCCAAGACUGUUUGACCUCGCCCACCUCCUCUCCUCUCCUCCCCUCACUCCUCGGACGGUGGUGUGAAUGACACUUGACCACUGCAGUGGGAGCAACAUCUUUUCCA